AUGCUGCUCUCAGCUCUCUUCACAGUCCUCGCCGCACCGUUCGCUCGAGCGCGUCAAGACGCGUCUUCUUUACCUACCCUUCACCUCGCAGACCCACCACAUCAAUCGUACUUGAAUGCGGGCCUCUCUCAGCAGGCUAGCGCGCUGCAGAACCUGACGCUGGGCGCGCUCUCGAGCGUGGCGCAUACUGUGCUCGCGCAUCCUGCGUUUCCGGAGUAUAGUGUAAGGAUCAAGAAGUCUGAUGGGUUUUGUGAUGCGGGUGUUCGCGCGUACACAGGGUACAUCGAUAUCCGGCAAGCGCGGCACCUCUUCUUCUACUUCUUCGAGAGCCGGGGCGAUCCAGAGACGGACGACGUCGUGAUGUGGACGAACGGCGGCCCAGGCUGCUCCUCCGCGCUCGGACUGUUCAUGGAGCUCGGUCCGUGCAGAGUGUACGACGCGGAGAAAGGGCCGAUGCGUAAUCCUUACGCGUGGACCGAGAGCGCGAACGUGUUUUUCGUCGAUCAGCCGGUGGGCAUUGGGUUUUCGUAUGCGGAGUAUGGGGAGAGGGUGAGCAGCACGGAGGAAGCGGCAAGAGACGUCGCUGCGUUCGUGGCUAUAUUUUUCGAGACGUUCAAGCAGUUUAGAGGGAGGGCGUUUCAUAUGGCUGGGGAAUCUUAUUCCGGCAGGUACAUCCCCCUCUUUGCGGCGGAGGUGUACGACCAGAAUAAACGGCUCGUGGAGACGGGGAUGGAGCGUAUCAAUCUGCAGUCGAUCAUCAUCGGCAACGGGUACACGGAUUGGGUGUCCAUGAGCUCCGCGUAUGUGGACAUGGUGUGCACGAACUCGAGUGUGCCGCCUGUUGCGAGUAUUAGCUCCUGUGUCGCUGCCAAAAAAGCUGUUCCGAGAUGCUUGAAGUGGGCACAAGAAGCUUGCAUAGAUACAUUCGACGCCAUAAACUGCGCUGCCGCCCAGUCAUUCUGCAACACUCGACUAUGGGCCCCAGCCACAGGCCUCAAUCUCUACGACAUAACGAAACCCUGCGACGGCAGCAUCGAAGAAACAAUGUGUUACCCCAUCACCACCCAAAUCAGCGCAUACCUCGACCGCCCCGCCACGCGCGCCCUCCUCGGCGUCGACCCGUUCUUCGGCUCGAAGAACUUCACGCGAUGCUCCGACCCUGUCGGUGACGCGUUCGUCGCGAGCGGGGACAUGCUCCAGGCGGGUGCGACGACCGAGUACGUCGCGCAGCUGCUGGAGCGCGGCGUGCGCGUGCUGGAGUUUGCGGGGACGCUGGACUGGAUGUGUAAUUGGCUGGGCAACGAACGGUGGACAAGGGGGAUGGGGUGGUCCGGCAAGGAGGCGUUUGGGAGGGCGGAGAUGAGGGUGUGGGGUGUAGAUGGGGAGACGGCGGGGGAGGUGAGGAGUGCGAGGGGGUUGACGUUUGCGACGGUGUAUGGGGCGGGGCAUAUGGUGCCGUAUGAUAAGCCGAAGGAGGCGCUUGCUCUGUUUCAGAGGUGGUUAGCGAAUGAGGAGCUGUGAAAGUGGCUUCAUACCAGAUGUUCAGCUUCAUUUGUUACCUCUUCCAUCGCUCACGCGCUGAAUGGCUGGUAUGCCAGCACUGUAAGUGAAUUUCACCGAAAGUAGGCACGCGUCAAGUUGAGAGCAACAUGGAUCUCAUACGCAACGUAGCAUAAACAUGACUGUUAUAAAGC